AUGAAGGCGCGCAAGACAGUUACAUCUCUGAUCUUGCAGAGCACGAUGCAGCAGCAGCAGCUGCAGUUGCAGCGCUGGCACCGGGGGCUGCUGCUGCUGCGGCCGCUGGACUCUGUGACCGUGCCGCUGACGCGCGUCAAGUGCCUCGUCUCCAUGACGACGCCGCGCGAUGUGCGCAGCAGCGGAAGCGGCAGCACGCCGCCCUUCGUCGAGUUCGACAUGGCCCCCGAAGCUGCCGUUCCUGCCCAGCUUGGCGCCACAGAACGCUCAGCCGGGCUCAGCGGGGGGCUCGGGGGCAACGUCGGGGACAGUGCCGUCACCAGCGGCAUCGGCACAGGCGAGCGCCUCUUCCCGCCAGCGUCGGGCCUCUCCUUCUCGGCGUGGUUCUGCGUGGAGCGGUUCUCCCCGCCGGGCCGGCCUCCCCACCCGGUGCGCCUCCUCACGCUGGUGCGCCGCGGCGUCGGCGCGGAGCUGCAGCACGUGUGCCUCACCGUGACGCUGUCGGCGCGCGACCGCUCGCUCGUCGUGUCCACGCGAGAGGAGCCGCUCACGGCCUGGUGGAGGACCCGGCGGAGGAGAGCUCCUCGUAUGAGAUUCUGCCAUCGCUCCGCUCGCUUCCGCGUGGCCGAGCUGGCGCAGGAGGGCGUGUGGCACCACCUGGUGCUCACCCUGGGUCGCGGAGUGCUCAAGAACAGCACCGCCACGCUCUACCUCAACGGGCAAACUGCCGGCUCCGCCAAGCUUCACUACGUGCGCUCCUUCCGUGGCUCGGCAAACCCGCCGGCCGGCCUGUCGGUGUUUGGCUUCAUCGGCACGGUGCCCUCGCAGCGCGACGCCGGGCCCCGGCUCCUGGGCGCACCGCACCUCGUGUGGCGCCUUGGCCCCACAUACCUGCUGGAGGAGGUCGUGACCCCGGCAGCUGUGGCCACCAUAUUUGAGCUGGGCUCGAGCUACGUGGGCAGUUUCCAGGCCGUGGGAGCCUCGAACCCCAAAGACCCCAAGGCCGAGGGCAGCCUUGGGCCCCUGGUGGUCGAGGAGAGGGUCUCUCUGGGCCUCAACGCGCUGUCCGAGUCCUCACUGACCGUCGCGCGCAUCCGCAAGGUCUACAACCGCGCCGACAGCAAGGCCAUCGCCAAACAGCUCGGCCUGCUGUCCCACGAGAACGCUACCCCGAUUCGGCUGCUCUUCAACACAGCGUGCCACCUCACCGGGCCGGCACGCACCAUCGGAGCCGCCCUCCUCGGCUACCUCGGCGUGCGCACGUUUGUGCCGCGCCAGCUCGCCAGCACCUUGCAGUACGUGGGCGGCGCAGCGGCCAUCCUGGGCCUGGUUGCCAUGGCGGCGGACGUGGAAGGCCUGUACGCGGCCGUCAAGGCCCUGGUGUGCGUCGUCAAAAGCAACCCACUCGCCUGCAAGGAGAUGGAGCGCAUUCGCGGCUACCAGCUGCUCGCCAUGCUGCUCAAGAGGAAGCGCUCGCUGCUCAACAGCCACAUCCUGCACCUGACCUUCUCGCUGGUCGGCACGCUGGACAGCGGGCGAGAGACGAGCCUCAUCCCCAACCCCGCUGGCUUCCAGGACCUGCUUUGCGACCUCGAGGUCUGGCUCCAUGCACCCUACGAGCUCCACCUGUCUCUGCUGGAGCACUUUGUGGAGCUGCUUACUGAGUCCAGUGAGGCGACCCGUAACGCUCGGCUCAUGCGUGAAUUUGGGCUCGUUCCGCGGCUGCUGCUGACGCUGCGCGACGCUUCGCUGUCACGCGCCUCCGUGGGCGCCGUGGCCAGCGUGCUGCGCCUCCUGCUGCAGGCCUUCCCCUCGCCCGGCGACCUGCUGCGCUUCGGUCACUUCCUCGCCGCCACGCUGCCCCCACACCUGCUCAGCGAGAAGGCGCUAUGCCCCGACAGGGACGAGCAGCAGCAGCAACAACAGCAGGACUUUGGCUGGGAGGAAGAGGUGGCGGGUCAGGGGGGGGCACGCACUGUGUGGCUCAGGAACCAGCUGCUGGAGACGCUCCUCGCGCUGCUGACGCACGGUGCCCGCGACAAGAGCGCAGUCAGCCUCACGGCGUGCGAGGACGUGAUCAGGACGCUGGGCUUCGACUGGCUGCUGCUCUUCACGCAGGGCCACCUGCACCCCAGCACGGUGCUCGCCAGCAUGCGCGUGCUGCUCGCGCUGCUGUCCCACCCCUCGGUGCUGGCGCGCUUCCGCGAGGGUGCCCCGGGGGGCGGCUGGCUCGACCACACUGAGCCUGUGCUCACCAACAAGAUCGGUUCCGUGCUGGGCAUCAAUGUAGGCCGCAGCGGCGGGCGCUCGAGCGUGCGCGAGAUCAACCGCGAGGCGUGCCACGUGCCGGGUUUCGCCGUGCUGCAGGCCUUCCUGCCGCGCCACACCGCCGUGCCACAGCUCUACUUCCUGCUCAUGGCGCUGCUGCUGCAGCAGCCCAUCGCCCGCCUUCCCGGCGACCUCAAGUUUGACCUGGACUCAAUCUGGACGUUCAUCUUCGGGGUCCCCGUGAGCGAUUCCUCCGGACUGGCAGCAGUCGCGCCCAUCAAUGGCAUCUGCCCUGAGGCUGCUAUUCUCCUGCUAUCCAUGCUGCGCAGUAUGCUGAACCAGCCAUGGCAGUCGGAGGAGGAGGGCUCGUGGCUCAGGGAGUACCCGGUCACGCUGCUGCAGUUCUUCCGCUACCUCUACCACAACGUGGCCGACAUGGCGUCGCUGUGGAGCAGCCCUGACUUCCUCUCGGCGCUGGCGGCGACGCUCUUCCCUCUGCACAGCCGCCCUGUCUCGGAGAUGUCGAGUGACUUUGAGGACAUCCUGGACGUGGGCUCUCCGGCUGACGAGUACAAGUCGAUAGUGGGGCCGGACGGGGGCGGCCUCAACCGCAGCCAGUCGGAGUCGGUGAGCGUGGCCGGAAAGGCCCUGCUGGCGAGCCACCCGGCUCGCAAGAUCGUCCUGGACUUCAUGCGCGUCAUCGUGGUGGACAACCUGUGCCUGCUGCCGGCCUCCAAGCAGACGCUCGCCCUUGACGUGUUGCUUGAGGCGUCCCCUGACCGCUCGACCAAGGCGCAGCAGAAGGAGUUCCAGACUGACCUCAUUGUUGGGGUCAUGGAGCAUCUGCUGGCGGCUGACGUGUUGCUGGGCGAGGAUGCAUCCAUCCCGCUGGCGGCCGGCGGGAGCUACUCGACGCUGGUCGCCAACACGCUGUACGUGGCACAGAGGCUGGUGGACAAGCUGUGGCAGGGCAUGUACGCCCGUGACUCCAAGCAGGUGGUCGACUCCCUGCUGCAGCUCAUCACGCAGUCCAAGCGCAAGGCCCCGGGCCUGUCGGCGGACAUCCUCUACCAGUGCCUGAACCGCAGCGUGCUCUACCAGCUGUCGCGGCCCCACCGCACCGUCUCGCAGCAGAUCUCCCUGCUGGACGCGCUGCGCACGCUCACCACGCAGCGCGCGCUUAUCUUUGGCGCACACAACCCCGACCCAGAGUUCCUGGGCUGCCUCGUCUACUGCCUCAUGCAGCUCUACGCGGGCAGCCACCCGGACGGGUUUGGCCUGGAGGCGGAGGGUCGUAUGACCACGUGGCACGUGACCCUGGCUCCUGAGCUCGAGUCAGACCGAUGUCACGGCCCAGACACGAGUGAAGGGCGGCAGCUGUUGCUGAAGGCAGUGCGGCGCGUGUGGGCCGAGCUGAUGGUGAACCGGCGCCAUGCCGUGGAAGACUGGUUUCGCGUGUCGCUGCCGAACAGCGAGACUAGCGGCGUCGACAUCACCGCCGCACGCAGCAUUCUGGAGGAGCCGGCCUCCAAGUGCUGGCAGACACACCUUGCCCAUGAGAAGAAGCUGAUUGGCCGGGGCGAGGCGGCCGUGGGCUCGGCCGUGCAAUCGAAGCUGUACCGCGUGAGCAGCGGCUUCGCGCUCUCGGUGCUCACCGGCGGCCGCAAGUACCGCAAGGAGGCCGGCGCCGGCCGCGCCGCGGCGCCCUCUCUGCAGGACGCCACGGGCUGGAUGUUCACCCACGUGGCGGUCGUGCGUGACCUCGUCAGCUUCCAGCACCGCCAGCACGUGGAGCGCCAGCAGAAUGCGCAGCGCUACGUGUCGGAGGAGUUCAGCCAGCUGGAGGGGGAGCUGACACGCGAGCGGGGGCUCUGGGGGCCCCCCGUGGGCUCGCACCUCGACAAGUGGAUGCUGGACAUGACGGAGGGGCCGUGCCGGACGCGUAAGAAGAUGCUGCGCAACGACAUGUUCUACGUGCACUACCCGUACGCGCCCGACGGGGAGCCGUCGUCCCCGGCCGCCGCAAGUCAGCACCGGCCGGGGAAGUACCGGCGCGCCGUGAGCCACGACAGCAAGGAGUUCUACAAGCGGCGCUCGGCGUGCGGCGCGCUCGAGUCCGUCGCGCCGGAGGAGGCGGCCGAGGUGGACGGCGCGCCGCCCGACAGCGAACAGCACGGCGGCAGCGGCGGCGACGACACCAUCGCACGCGUCAGGGGCAUCGUGAAGGCGCCCCUGCGGCGCUCGCGCUCCGUUCCGGACCCCAGCGAGGAGGAGGGCUCCGAGGGCGGCGCCGAGAUGCAGGGCGACGCGGUCGGAGGAGAGAGCGAGGAGAAGACCGACAAUCAGACGGUGUUGCGGCUCCUGGAGGAGGGAGAGAAGAUCUGCCACCUGUACCGCUGCGCGCGGGUACAAGGUCUGGACACGAGCGAGGGGCUGCUCCUCUUCGGCAAGGAGCACUUCUACGUCAUCGACGGCUUCACGGUGACGGCCACGCGAGAGAUCUGCGACAUCGACCACCUGCCCGCCAGUGAACAAGACGCCAUCAUCCCCAAGGGCUCGCGCCAGGGCCCAUGCCAGCUCAAGAGGACGUGCAGCAAGUUCGCCUACGAGGACGUGCGCGAGGUGCACAAGCGGCGCUACCUCCUGCAGCCAAUCGCAAUCGAGGUUUUCUCCAGCGACGGACGGAACUACCUACUCGCCUUCCCAAGGGGCAUCCGCAACAAAGUCCACCAGAGGUUCCUGUCGGUGGUGCCGUCUCUGGCCGACAGCAGCGAGUCCGUCUCUGGGCAAAGGCCCAACACCAGCGUGGAGGGGACCGGCUUGCUCAGUACGCUGUGGGAGAAGUCUGUGACUCAGCGAUGGGAGCGCGGAGAGAUCAGCAACUUCCAGUACCUGAUGCACCUGAACACGCUGGCCGGGCGCUCUUACAACGACCUCAUGCAGUACCCUGUCUUUCCCUGGAUCUUGGCCGACUACGACUCCGAGGAGCUGGACCUGAGCAAUCCACGCACGUUCCGCGACCUCUCCAAGCCGAUGGGUGCCCAGACGGAGGAGCGGCUUGCUCAGUACCGCAAGCGCUACCGCGACUGGGACGACCCCACCGGAGAGACGCCAGCGUACCACUACGGCACGCACUACUCGUCGGCCAUGAUUGUUGCGUCGUACCUGCUGCGCAUGGAGCCAUUCACUCAGACCUUCCUCCGCCUGCAGGGAGGACACUUUGACCUGGCCGACCGCAUGUUCCACAGCGUGCGCGACGCCUGGUUCUCAGCCUCCAAGCACAACAUGGCCGACGUCAAGGAGCUCAUCCCCGAGUUCUUCUACCUGCCCGAGUUCCUGCUCAACAGCAACAACUUUGACCUGGGCUGCAAGCAGAACGGCAUCAAGCUGGGCGACGUGCUCCUCCCGGCCUGGGCCAAGGGAGACCCGCGCGAGUUCAUCCGCGUGCACCGCCAGGCUCUGGAGUGCGACUACGUGAGUGCGCACCUGCACGAGUGGAUCGACCUGGUGUUCGGCUACAAACAGCAGGGCCCCGCCGCCGUGGAGGCCGUCAACGUGUUCCACCACCUCUUCUACGAGGGCCAGGUGGACAUCUACAACAUCAAUGACCCGCUCAAGAAGACCGCCACCAUCGGCUUCAUCAACAACUUCGGGCAGAUCCCCAAGCAGCUCUUCCGGAAGCCGCACCCCCCGAAGCGCGUGCGUUGCCGUGGAAACGGCGAGAACCCCGGCGCGACCCCGACGGCGGGGGGUGGCAGUGGGGUCCCAGACCGCCUCUUUUUCCAUCACCUUGACAACCUGAAGCCGUCCCUUGCGCCCGUCAAAGAGCUCAAGGAACCUGUGGGUCACAUCGUUUGCACGGACAAGGGCGUCUUGGCCACCGAGCAGAACCGCACACUGCUCCCGCCGCAGUUCAACCGCACGUUCUCCUGGGGCUACGCAGACCUCAGCUGCAAGCUGGGCAGCUACGAGUCGGAGAAGUGCUGCGUGGUGUUUGAGUGCCUGUGGGAGUGGGGCCACGUGCUGUGCGCCGUGUGCCCCAACCCGCGCCUUGUGGUCACGGGGGGCAGCAGCACGGUGGUGUGCGUGUGGCAGCUGGAGCAGGGUGGCACCAAGGAGCGCGCCCGCCUCACGCUCAGACAGCCGCUGUAUGGCCACACGGACGCUGUCACGUGCCUGGCCGCGUCGCCCGCCUACCACAUCGUGGUGAGCGGCUCGCGCGACCAGACGUGCUGCGUGUGGGACCUCAACAAGCUGACCUUCGUCACGCAGCUGCGGGGCCAUCGGGCCCCCGUGUCGGCGCUCUGCAUCAACGAGCUCACCGGAGACAUCGUGUCGUGCGCCGGCACGCACGCGUUUGUGUGGAGCAUCAACGGCGACCCCGUGGCGAGCGUGAACACGUGCGCGGGUGGACGCAGCCAGCACAUCCUGUGCUGCUGCGUGUCCGAGACAAGCGAGUGGGACCCGCACAACGUCAUCGUCACGGGCCACUCGGACGGGGUCGUGCGCAUGUGGCGCAUGAAGUUUGUCCAAGUUCCAGAAAUCAUCGCACAGGACGAGACGAGGCUCUCGGAGAGGCAGCCGCUGCCCUCCACACUGCAGCCUAUCGUGACGGACGGUGCAGAUGAUGAGAGCAGCGAGUCCGAGGGGGACGAGUGCAGCAGCUCCGCGGACGCCCGCAGCAACCGCUCGGCAUCGCCACGGCAACCACGCGGCACGGAGCGGCACAGCGCGCCCUGGAGCACGGGCGACGCGAAGGUCCCGGCCUCGGACGACCCCAAGCGCUGGUCCCAGAACCUGAGCGUGGAGGAGAGCGACGGCUACGUGCUGGUGAGCUACGGCGACGGCGCCGCCCUGGGCCGCCCCGCAGACCCUGCGCGCUCCCGCGCCAGCUCCCAGGCGAGCUCCGAGGCCUCUCCUGAAAACCAGGCGCUGGCGCAAUCACAGCCGCAGCCUCCGCCGGAAACGCAGAGCCCGGCGAGCAAGCUGAAGUCGGGUUUCUGCUGGGAGCGGCAACUGGUGCUGUGCGGGAGGCUCACGAUGCACACGGCGUUCGACCGCAAGGACAACGCUCAGCCGGCCGAGGUCACCGCCCUCACCAUCUCCAAGGACCAGAGCCGCGUGCUGGUGGGCGACGCGCGAGGCCGCGUGUUCAGUUGGGCCGUGAGCGAGAGCCCCGGCCGCACGGCCGCCGACCACUGGGUGCGCGACGAGGGCGGCGACGCGUGCGCCGCCUGCGCCACGCGCUUCUCCAUCACCGAGCGCCGGCACCACUGCCGCAACUGCGGGCAGCUCUUCUGCCAGAGGUGCAGCAAGUACCAGUCGGAGAUCCGGCGGCUGAAGCUGAUGUCGCCGGUCCGGGUGUGCCAAGCUUGCCACGCCAGCCUGCAGGCAGAGCGCGGCGGUGGCACUGCAGGCGGUGGCGGCAGCGGCGGCGGCAGCGGCGGGGACGGCGGCGAGCGUGGCCGCGUGGCCACGUGAUGGCCGCGUGGCCACUUGAUGAUGCGCCACCGCGUCGUGCCGGACAGAACGCUGCUGGCCCUGCCUCGCCGGCGGUGUCUCCCUGUAACCCACGGUUGCCCCGUACUUCGCGCGAUCGGCGGAGGGGGUGCGGUGGGCAUGCGGUUCUUUUUUACGCCCAAUUAUAUUCCAGUUGUCGUGGCAUCGGCGUCACGUCGAGGCGUUUCCAUGCGGAACUCUGGCGGCGAGCAGAGCAACGUCGCGCCGCAGAGCAGAACAGCCGCGGAGGAUGAAGUCACGCGGCUUCACGUGAAGUCACCCAGGUCGCUCGUGCGAAUGAGACCGUCCUCGUCGCGUAGGGUCUCGUUUGGUCAAACAAAUAAACUUGAAAUCCCUUCGAUUGCCCCCUCGCCCGUGCCAGGCGGCGCUCCCUCCUGCCCUGUCGCCAGCAGUCGUCGUGUUUGGAAAACCUAAAGCUGAAAUUUUCUGAAUUGAAACCAAAAAAUGUUGACGCAAAUUGAUCUUUUCGGUGAACGCGUCAACUCCCCACACUUGACGACCGUUUCCACGCAGGCGGCUGAAAUCCGGUGGGAGCUCGGUGGGUCUCCAGUGGGCCACCCUGAACCACCCAGAGCCACCCAGCAGCUGUUUCCUAACAUAAUUCCCCCGUUGACGGGCUAAGAUGGGACAGGAGAGAUAAUUCCCAAUUGUUUGUUAAACAUUUUUUUAUCGUUUUAAAAAAUUAUGGUAUGCUGGUCGUGAGUGAUUUUUUUAUUUUAUUUUUAUUUAUCUGCUGCUGGGAAAGGCACCGACCUGGCAUCGCUGGGAGGAGAUGACAAAAUAAACGCACACGCACACACAAGAACGCACGCACACACGCACCGGGUCACCGACGGCUGGGUCGGUGAGCCACAAAACCGGGAGCCGAGUCACCUGUUGCAAAAUGGAACGGCGAAUUCUCACGCAAAGCCGCCCCAACUAAACAUGUAUGUACGUGUGUCGAAUUUAUUUCACGGCGGAUAUUUGCGAAUAUUGGCGCAGAGAAACUGCACGCGAGCUCUACCGUGACUCACAACUUGACCGUACACGCACGCACACACACCGGCCCAGCGAUCGUAGCUGCCAUGCCGAAGUUUUGCGCAGCCUUUCUCAUUAGCGAGCAAGUGCUGUCUACUCGUAAUUACGCGCGAGGGACGCCCCGGCCUGGUGCAGCAGCCGGUGGCCUCCCCCAGCUUGGCGGGUUUCCCGUCGCUGUCGUCGUCGUCGUCGUCAUCGUCGUGGUGUUUAUUUGACGGGCGCGCGCCGUCGUUUCGCUAAAGGGACUUGUCGGAGUGCCGGCUCCAAUGCGUCGGAGCGGCGUUAUAUCAUACGUGUCUGAGCGUGCAAUACUUAUCGUUUUAUUCCCACUGAGAUGGGUGGAGUUGUGAAAGCUGGGAGCGCGUGUUCUGUGAGCCGUGCUCUGUGAGCCGUGGCAAUUCUAUCGGGGGCCCGAAUGAGCAGCACUGCCCCCCCUCCCAACACCCAGUGUGCCCCCCCCCCGCCCCAUUUAGAGUCAGAUCCUUGACGAUGUUGCCGCCGCCACCACCACCACAGACGUCUCAUCCCCCUUGCAGUGGAGUUUGCCCCAAAACCCCAUAUCAGGUGGUUACUCGCCCCCAUUGCCCCCAUUACUGGGUCCUAGAAUUGCCACUGCGCAUGAGGAAGUGGAGCUGUCAUGUACAGGAGGCUAAGUGGGAUGGACGCAGCACUAUACUAUAGACGAUGCUACUCGCGCGUGAACAUGUCUGUCCCUCUGACGUGUAGCGAUGUACAUAAGGUUCAGUUGGAAACGCGGAUAAAGGGCCACGUUCAUGCGGAGGGGAUCCGUAACGUGGACUUUUAGCGUCGGCACGACGUUAAAAGUCCACGGGGCCCCGGGGGCGGUGAGAUGUUGGUGUAGAGGGAUUCGUUCGGGAGAUACGGACAGUGGCAGAGACAGGGAGGAGGGGGAGACAGACGAGUAGGGAGACAGGCGAGUAGGGAGAUGCAGGCAGGGACUAAGCACGACAGGAGCAGGGGACCAAUGGAUGAGUUUAUAAUAACAACUCGUGAGUUAUGACGUAUUGGUUCACGCCGUGUCGCCAUCAGCCUUGAUUUGAACAGAACCGGCCGGAUCCCAACUCUUGACUUGAAGGAAAAGUCUGCUCCCUUUUACGUCAUUCCUGACCCACGGUCGUGCCCAGAGCGCCCUGGGAUCCCGUUCGUCCUCGCUCCGCGCUCCGUGCCCGAGCCCCAACCCGGUGUGCCGGGCACGCGGCCGCACGCUCGGAACGAGCCCCCACAAUGCAGGCGGUGCCGUCUCUCGCUUUGGGCAUGAUAGCACAACCCCCGCCGCCAGGGUCUGGUUUUUAGAUGUUUAUGGUUUUAACGGUUUGGUAGCAGUGGGCAAGUGGCUGUUGCGUUAAAGCAAAACUUUUAAGUGCAAUGAUCGGUCCUUAAAAAUGAGAUUUGCGACGCGAAUACAAAGAGUUCAAGUUGGCGUUUAGGCUCGGGGGAACAAUGGUAAUAAUAAUUGUUAUUGUUGUUGUGAUCAUCGUCAUAUCUCGAGGGAGAUGCUCGAUCUAAAUGGGUUUGUGGAUCGCAUGCGUGGUCGUCCGUUUGAUUUGCGACGUUGGAGCGGAUGGUUCAUUGGUCGUGUGGGAGAGAAAUGUCGAUUGACGUGAUCGGCAGAUGACUUGUAAGUGAACGAAUUUUGUGCGAGCGGUUCACUCAUUCACCUGCAGGGACUGCGUGUGCAUGCGUCUGAGCGCGCGUGUGUGUUGUGCUUCUCUGUGUGUGUGUGCGUGCACGCGCGUCUAUCCGUCCGUGUGUUUGUGUGUGUCGGUGGUGGAGCGGAAGCGAAGUGGUUCGCAGACUGCGACCCAAUUUCGAUUCCUGCUCGCAGCCAUCACCAGUGGCGAUGUGUAAAUGUCGCCACUGGCCACCCACCCCCCGUGUGCUCACAGCACUUGCCUCCAACUCUCUGUUGAGGCUACAUGGGUGAUCUUUAUCUUUCAGUGUGCCUGUCUCUGUUUGUAUCGGAGUGUAUCUCUGUGGGUGUCUGUCCCUCUGUGUGGCUGUGUGUGUCGCUCCCAGUGUUUAUUUGUGUAUCUGUGCGUGUAUCACUUCGUGUGCAUAUGGCUGUGUGUAUUUGCCCGAGUGUGCGUGUCUGUGUGUCAUCACCAGAGCCCAGCUUUCACAUCCAUGUGACUUGAUUACUGCCUUUCUUUGCAUUGAACACUUUUUGUUACACUCGAUAUCACAGCGUUUGCGGUUCUGUUUACUAUUCCCUUACACUGUGCUGUACAUUUUCAUGUAAAAUUCGCCAAUCUCAUCUGAUGCCUAGGCAGGACGCUUCUGUGAUACAUGGUGCAAUAACUGCUGAUGAUGAUGAUGGACAAAGCAGGCAGUUUCGUGUCAGACCCCCCCCCCCCCCGGGAAGUGGUGGCUACGCCGCGCGUGGCUGCUGCCUGAUAUCCAGCGCCGUGGAGGCAACAGCGAGGGUUGACGGGUCACCCCACAAAUGUUGUGAAAGUCCCUUCAUUCACCACCACGACGUCGAGGAGGAGCCCGCUACGGUGGCUCGCCAGGAGAAGGCUGUACGGCCGCGUGCCGAAUCCACCCGUCUCCCAUCUGCACGGGGGAUCGAGUGCCGCCCCCUCGCACGCCGGGUUUUCUCAGGGUGCUCCGGUCUCCUCCCACGUGUGUGUAUAUAUAUCAAUACUCAUUGGCUGAAUACAUCUUAAUCUAUACGACGCGCCUGCGUGUGUUGUGGAUUGCGUGGCAUUAAAAUGCAGUUGCUUCAAUGACGCCGCUAGCCUACACGCUCAGUCACCUGUGUACGAUGAAGAGUUGGGACACGUGAUUAUUUAAGUAAUGGAUUACUCCGUUUGGUCACAAUCGGAGAACACGAAAAUAAUUGGGGUGUGCCGCUGGACGGGAGGUGAUGGGCGGGCCUUGAUGUGAUCGGCACCGCGAGCCGCGUCUUGUUGGGCGGGGCUUGCCUGGGGUUUCCCGCCUUCUCGAGGAGGGGUGUGGGGGGGUAGUCAUUGACCCCAAUAGUCAUUGACCCCAAUAGAUGAUACAUUUGACAUCAAUUCAUCGACUUCAAUUGACUGCUAUUCAAAUUCAAUGUUUUACAAAAGAGCCACGGUGUCGGCUCGCGUGUCUGGCUCGCACGGCAUUGUCCUAGUGCUGUGCGCAACACGACGACGCGUCGUCGACGAUGGUUGUCGGUCUCCUCUCGGUGGACCUGGGCCCCUGAACAUCGCAAAGUCGCGGUCCUGUCACUGACUCCGGGGCCACCAAAUGGAGCCGUGUCCGCUCUGUGCACGAGCCGCGCGCUUCACGCUCGCGUCGACCUGCUGCUGGACGAGGACUUUGUCCAUUGCCGCCGCGAGGCGGUGCGGGGGAGGCAAGAGAGGCGAUGGGGAGAAAACGCCAAAGUGUGGAGCAGUGUGAGGGCGCAAGCGGCGAGAGGAUUUGCUCGUGACGGCGAUUGAAAGCACGGCGAGGACGAGACGCGACGGUCGGUGACUGGUCGCGACCGAGGCCUCGACACGAGUGGUGGGGAGACUCGAUGAAUAAAGUUCACGGUAACAGCAGCGUGGGGCCAUCCAUCUCGUACGUACGCAUGGAGGGGGGAGGGGGAGGUAACCCAAAUGUGUACGCUUGCGUAUGGGGGGUCUACUCACAAUGUACACAUAGGAAACGGGGGGGGGGGGGUGAAGCCUCGAUAAUAAUUUGUCUACAUCGGCCUUCAAAUGAGCCACAGUUGAGUUUCUUCAGUUGUGAGACAAGUACUGCCGGGAGAAGUGGGACUGGGAGAGGUCACUCGUGUGCCACCGUGCCCCUGACUGCAGCUGUUACGCAGCUCAACAACAUCAGUGGCCAGGGCACGCGACGUAAUUCUUUAAUGUAGCCGGCGGUGGACUAUCUGUUUGCUUAAACGCGUUAAUGUUAUUCAUCCUUGAUCAUUUCUGCGUGGAUUAAAUAUGGGCCGCUCUAGGAUUCGGAGGG